CUGCUCAAGAACGCUCAAGAACUCAAGAACCACAAGAACUUGUUUAUGAACCUUAGUGUUCCAUACGUACCGGCUGAUAUCUCGGGAAAGUGACUGACAGUUAGGAAGCUACUCCAUGAGCUAUUUAAUCGGUUAGUGAGCGCGGCUAUACAUAAUAGUUGAUAGUAGUAAUCUAUGAUGUCAUAGUUGACUUUGGCGUGUCGAUGUCAGUGAUAUCGAAAACGAAGAUAAUAUAAAGGCGAACUGAAUUAUGGGAAAGAUGAUUGAAUUAAACGUUUAUGAAUGCAACAGAACUUCAAGUAAUUCAAAUACAGUGAAGACUUCUGUUUGGUUAUGAAAAAGAACGAUUUUAUAAUAGAAGAAUGUUACAAUGAAGUUUUUCAUUUUUCUGUGAUUCUCUAAUCCAUUUAUAUUUGUUAAUACAUGUUUGAUGGUUCUGUUUUUCCUUUUUUUACUGGAGAAGUUACGGUUGUUUAUUUGCUUAUGGUUUACUUUUAUUGAGAAUUUCCAAAAGAGUUCCUUGCGUCAUAACCAAUUCUAAGCAUACAGAGCGACACAGAGAUUGUCACGUGUUCUCAUGACGUCUGUUUGAAACAGUUUAGUCUCGGAGAAAAUGUCUGCUUCGAACGGUGGUGUAAGGUCAGAAGACGAAAAGAAUUUCUUUAACAGCGUGCAGCUCCCAUUCCCAGAAGUAAUUGAUGGAAAAAUUAACACUUUACAAUUUCUAGAGUCUUCCAAAGGAGUUGUUGGUCUUGUAGAGAAAUUUGGCAAAGUAUUUGCUCCUGUGAAAUAUGACAUGACAGGGAAUAUUGAGAAACUUACUGAGCAGUAUAACACCAAUAAAGAGAAACAUUUGUACCUUAACAACAUGAUCUUAGCUGAGAAGGAAGAAGGUGGAAAUUAUGCAAUAGAUGCACUUCUGUGGCUAAGAAGAGCCCUCCAGUUCAUCUAUACAUUCUUCAGUUGUGUAUUAGAAGACUCUCAGCAGGGUAAGAAGUCUGAAGAUUUAGUUCCGUUUCUGAAGAAAGCAUACAAGGAAACAUUGGAAGCAUACCAUGGAUGGAUGACUCAGAAGUUGUUUGGGAAGGAUCCUGGACCAAAAAGUGUCUCCUGUGAGAGUGCAUGGGAUAUGAGUGAAGGAAUAAGAUAAAAGAAGGCCUUGAAGUGAAGCACAUUCAAGUUCCCUAUUUGCCUCUGAAUACAAGUUACAUGGAACUUAUGAAUCAGGGUGUCAUUCUUUGCAGGCAUACCAAAAACCCUUAAUCUAUUAUUAUUCAUGAGAAAUAGAAAGGAAUGCUCCUGUGACAGCUUGGGAAAAGGAAUGCUGUCAAUGCAGUAAGAAGUGAUGCAGUAGCUUGGAAUUCCAUCUCAAGUACAAUUAUCCAUAUCUGUUUUGCCAAAGGGUCUGUGGCGUGACACAGAGAAAUGUCAUAGAAAAAACCAGGAUGACAGAGCUACAAGGGCAAGUGGAGUGCCUGAGUGAAUACUUAAGUUCACAGAAUCUCGAGAUCAUCUGUUCUCACCACCACAACAGUUCCUCAUAUAUUUCGUACUACAUAUUAGAAAGUACAUAAUACAUUUUACCCAAUUCUGUAACUAGCAUGUAAUGUUUAUUUGUAUUAAUUUUCAUGCUCAGCAGGUACAUCGUAAUGAACACUGCAUAGUUACAGUUCAUUUAAUUUGAAAUUUGUGUUUUUGGUUUCAGACGCUUAAAAUGAAGGUUUUACUGCUUGUUUAGUAGCCAUAGAGCUAUUCUUAUGCUGAAACAGUGUUGUUAUAUUUUUAAAACUGCCUUACUGCACCAGAAUGAUGAUUGAGAGAAUGGUGUCUUGGGAUUCAUGUGAGAAAUGGGCCUUAAUGACCUAUCCUAUAAAGUUCUCGAAGAUGAAGACUUCCUUGUACAAAAAACUUCACACUUUAAAUGUUGUGUACAAAACAAGUAUUUCUCAGUUUGAGUACUGGUAAGACAAACACAAAGAUUGUGGCUCUCAAGGCUUCUAACAGUGGAUUAAUAUUAUCAUGGGGGUAAUUUCGUUUUACAUUGUCCAUUAUCUCAACAAAGAAAACAUUUCAUAGGGAGCCUGUCUUCAGGCAGAAACAUCUAUCUUGUAGGCCUGUUGGAUGGUGGAAAGGAACCCACAGAGUACUCUUUUUUUCUUUCUGCUUAAAGCCAGAUGCAGAAGCAGCAUGUGGAACACUGUACAGGUACUCCUCACUACAUGCAAGUUCCAAAAAUGGGAUCAACUUAUUUAGGAUGACUUAAGUUAAUAGUGCUCAUUUUAGUGUGAAAUGCUUGCUGGCCAAUUAAGAGACAUGGGGAGAAUAGUAAGUUGAUUGCUAUAUGG